GGAAUGGCGCGAGAAUGUAGCGAAAAGUUGCGAGCUGUUCGUUCGAAAAAGUUAAAAUGAAUCGGCUGCAGUUUUGAGCUUUAAUUUAAGAGUUUUAACUUUCUCCGCAGCCGAGCGAAAAUCCAAUUUCAAAGUCUGAUUUGAGGUUAUUUGCAACUCUUACUGACGAACAGUGUCAAUUUUGUGUUUUCAAAAAUCUAAGUUUACCGCAUUGCACCCGAAAUGAACAAAUAUACUACGAGGCACAGCGUGCGUGAAAAACGAAUAUACACUUGGCAAGGGAGGCCUGCUCGUGUAAACCGUAAAUUGCAGGAUUUGGUUUAUGAAGCCAUUCAGGUAGAAUAUGAAGGAACUUCCAAUAUUCAGUGCAUCAAAAUUGAAGAUUUUGUUUUAAUCAUGAGUGAUGAUGAGGAUCGUCCAUAUGUGGCAAAGUUGCUAAAAUUAUUUGAGGAAGGUGCACAGCAGCCUCCUGUGAAGCAUGCUCUUGUCCAGUGGUUUGUUCGUAUCGAGGAGAUACCCAAACCAAAGCAGAAACUAUUGGGGAGAGAAGCCCAUCCCAAUGAGAUCUUCUUGUAUGAAGUCGCUGACUGUGAUAAUCAGAUCAGUGCUGAAACCCUUCUUAAGCAAGUAAAGGUAUGCCAGAUUGCUCCAGAUGACCCAUUUCCUCCAUCCAAUCCUGGUGAGGAUAUUUUCUUUGUUAAGCUGAAGUGGGAUGGAAAGAAUUUUGACGAGCUACCUAGAGGUGAAUUCCCGGCCACCUAUUCUUUUGAGCCUAUUCGUAAUAAUAAAAACCUGGAUUCCUUGCCCGGCCGCACGCAGAAGUCUUUCCCGAGUCGUAUGGAUGUUAAUAAUGAGCCUAAAGGUGAUACGGUGAUGAAGACUACUGAGUACACUUCACAAAGUAAGAAGAGUACGAAAAGCAGUAGCUCCACGGAUAUGAAGAAUCUUUUGCAAAAUGGUCUUAAAAAUUUUUCAAAAAGAACAGAGAGAGAUAUUUUGUCUGAACUCCUUGAUGAUGACGAUGACAACGAUGAAGAUGAUUGUCCGAGGAAAUGUCAUGGGGCGGAAAUGAAGCCUCGAGUUGCAAAGCGCAGAGUAGAUUUCAGUUGCAUUUCAGAUAAUCCUCAAUCGCCUUCUAAAAGGUUACAGAGUCAGUCGAAAAAUAUUGUCCUUUCACCUUUUGUAAUGGUUGAAAAGGUAAUGGAUAAUCAAUUGUCUCCUCUUCAAACUUCAAAAACGAAACAGCAGCAUUCAAGUCCUCCCAGAAUUAAUGGAGAAAUCAUUGAUAGUUGCAGGUCAAAGAGAAUGAAAAGCCAAAUGGAAAAUAUUGGAGAGACUCCAAGGCUUCGUAGAAAGUCUGUAAGCCAGCGUACAGUUUUUCAUGCGGAUAACUUUGAGAUUGAUAAGGAUGGUGAAGAGUCUUCUGAAGAUGAAUUUAUUCCAGACAAUGAGAAAGGCAGUGGAAGUAGCAGUGAGAAUGAGCAGCAAGAUGAUGACGAUUCUGUGUCCAUUAGGAAGUCUGUAAGGAGAACACCAAAGUGGAAAACAAAAGUGCCUGGAUCAAGAACACCGAGAACCCCAAGGACACCUAGGCAGCCUACUCCCCAUAUUCCUCGGAGAACCCAACUGGCUAAGGAGCCUGUCAGUGUAUUAGAAGAAGCCAGGGCGAGAUUGCACGUGUCUGCAGUUCCGGAGUCCCUACCCUGUAGAGAACAAGAGUUUCAAGACAUUUACAACUUUGUGGAGAGCAAAGUCAUUGAUGGUACUGGAGGAUGUAUGUAUAUAUCAGGAGUGCCAGGCACAGGAAAAACCGCAACAGUACAUGAGGUGAUGAGGUGCCUACAGCAGGCAGUGAAGCAGGAAAACCUCCCAUCCUUCCAGUUUAUAGAAAUCAAUGGAAUGAAGCUUACAGAUCCUCACCAAUGCUACGUUCAGAUAUUGAAGUUAUUGACAGGACAGAAGGCCACUGCAGACCAUGCGGCUACGUUACUGGAGAAGCGAUUUGGUACGCCAGCUUCGAAGAGGGAGUCCACGGUAUUACUGGUUGACGAGCUUGAUCUUUUAUGGACCCGGAAGCAAAAUGUUAUGUACAAUCUGUUUGACUGGCCCACACGAAAACAGGCAAAAUUAGUUGUUUUGGCAAUAGCUAAUACGAUGGAUCUUCCAGAGAGGAUCAUGAUGAACCGGGUGGCAAGCAGGCUGGGACUGACCAGAAUGUCCUUCCAACCAUACACCUACAAACAGUUGCAGCAAAUCAUUUCUUCCAGACUCAACCGAUUAAAGGCUUUUGAGAACGAUGCAAUUCAGCUGGUAGCCAGAAAGGUAGCGGCUCUCUCUGGUGAUGCAAGGCGUGCUCUGGACAUUUGCAGAAGAGCUGCUGAGAUAUGUGAAUACUCACUGAGUCAGAAAGCUGCAUCCAGCCUUGUAGGAAUGCCUCAUGUAUUACAAGCCCUUGAUGAAAUGUUUUCCUCUCCAUAUAUAACUGCUAUAAGGAAUGCAUCUGUUCAGGAACAAAUUUUUAUGAAGGCAGUGCUUGCUGAAUUCCAAAGGCUCGGUCUGGAAGAAGCAACAUUUCAGCAGAUUUACCAGCAGCAUAUUGGACUGUGUAGAAUAGAAGGUCUGCAGCCGCCAACAGUUUCUGAAACAAUGCUGGUUUGUACAAGACUUGGAGCUUGUCGGCUGCUUCUUGUUGAAUCCAGUAAAAAUGAUCUUCACCUGCGAGUUCGAUUGAAUGUUAGUCAUGAUGAUGUAAUGUAUGCUUUAAAAGAAGACUAAUUUGUAAAUAUUAUGCAAUGUGGAAAAUUCAGAAUGCUGAAAUGUAUGUUACUAUUUUAACUCUUAAUAUUAAUUUUUUUAACAAAAUUAGGUUUUCAAAGUUUUUACUAAUUUAUUUUGAGCAGUUCUUAUAAUAAAGAAAUAGCAACUAUGAUUAUUCAAUAAAUAAGGCUGCAAAUAUUAAAGCUUUCAGACAAAAAUGUAACUCAGUUCAUCGUGUUUACUUGUAAUGUGCAUUAUCCUUUAACCAAGCAAUUGUGACUUGUUCCUGAGUUAAUACUGCAUGAAAACAGUAUAGUCUUGUUGGUUAUUUAAUUUUUCCCCUAGCUAU